AGAUGAGUAUGGAAAAAAAUCAAAAACAAUCCGUGCAAGCAGCCAUCUUGAGUACAGUUGUGCAUUUGGAGAGUGGAUGAGAAUUAUAUGACCGAGUCGUUCAAGAAAAACGUCAAUAUUAGACGAAAGAGACUACAUCUAAAGGAAUCAUUUUAAUUCUCUAGUUCGUUGUUUUCUUGUAUGCCACACUUCCCGUUCGCACGAGUGAACAUUGAUUGAAUCGAUACCGACCAAGCCAGCCAGUAGCUAACGUAUCGGGCUAGCUUCACGGGUUUCGUAUGUGUCUUCAGCAGUGUAGCUCGACUGCAAUCCUUUCUCGAUUGACAUAUCUAAAAUACGAAAAAUGGUUUCUGUGAUUCAAGAUUCGGAUUUUGAAGACAGCUAGAGACAAUAUUGCGUUAUUUGCAUGUUGUGGACAAACAACUUUCGGAAUACACACAGCCUUCUGUACACAGCCUUCUGUAUGCCUGGUUAAUGUUUUCUCCGGUGUCAACUUUCCUUUGGAUGUGAUCGCGCGUGAUUUGGGAAAGGUGUAAUGUUUGCAAGAGUGAAACUUGGUCAGUAAAAUGUAAUUACGCAAACUCGACUCAUUGAAUUGGUGAUUUAACUAGUGAGGUAACCAGUAAGCAAUGUAGGCAAUCUUAAACCUAUGCAAAUCCGGUUUAUGUUAACGGUGAUGUCUAGAUGAAAGAUUGUCGCUAGAUAGUCGAAAAAAUUGCAACAAAGUAAGAAUUUGUGAUUAUUUAUGCUGGGACAUAGUCUAGCGCUAGACAUUGUUUCUAAAAUGCGACAAUGUUGCAUUUUUGUGUGCAGAAUGGAUACACCAUGCAGCAAGUACAUUAACCAGUAGUCAAACAAGCUAUUCGUCGGUUUAAUCUAGUUUUUCUUUUGCAGUAGUUUAAUUUCUUUAGUAAUUUUUAUUUAUUUUUAUUUUUACAUGUGUUUCAAACCAUGUCCCAUGCCACAAGAAUACAAUAAACACUAAGGAUUCUGAAGUGGACAUUUUUAUGCUGUAUGUUACAGGCAUUGCAGCUCUUUCAGUCAGUCACCUGAUGCAUUUGCUAUAAAAAGGUACUCUGAUACUUUGGACGCUAAUCCCAUAGGAUUCGUGGCACCAGGAUUUACUCGAAAUAAAGGAUUUGACAUUUGACCGAAAAUGGGACCAGCAACGAAACUGGCAUUCGGCGUCUUUCUGAUCUCAUGUUCUUCAGGGGCAAUCCUGGGUCGGACGGAAACGCAGGAGUGUGUCUACUACAACUACAACCCCAACCCUGUUGCCAUCCAGGAGAACCGAGGGAACCGCAGUGGCAUCGAGACGUGUGCCGGGGAGAAGGACAAGCGGAGACACUGUUUCGCCACCUGGAGGAACGUGUCGGGAAUCGUAGAGAUCGUAAAGCAGGGCUGUUGGCUGGAUGAUCACAACUGCUAUGACAGUACUGAAUGUGUGGAGAAGAAAGAAAGCCCUGACGUGUUCUUCUGCUGCUGUGAAGGAAACAUGUGUAACGAGAAGUUUGUCUACACUCCCGACAACACACAAGCUGUUCAGACAACGUCGAACCCGGUUACCCAGAAGCCUCCUGUCUUCACCACUCUGAUGUACUCACUGGUGCCCAUCAUAGGCAUCACUGCCAUCAUCCUCUUCUCGUUCUGGAUGUACCGCCAUCACAAGCUGGCAUACCCGCUAGUCCUGGUGCCCACACAGCACGCCUUUCAUAUUAUGAUAGAGGACCCGGGGCCCAUGCCUCCCUCCCCCAUCCUGGGACAGAAGCCACUGCAGUUAAUUGAGAUCAAAGCCAGGGGGCGCUUCGGCUGCGUGUGGAAGGCUCAGUUGCUCAACGAUUACGUGGCUGUCAAAAUAUUCCCCAUUCAGGACAAGCAGUCAUGGCAGAACGAGUAUGAGAUCUACAACCUAAGCGGGAUGAGGCAUGAGAACCUGCUCCACUUCCUGGGAGCAGAGAAGAGGGGUAACAACAUGGACAUAGAGCUGUGGCUGAUCACAGCCUACCACGAGAAGGGAUCGUUGACAGACUAUCUGAAGGCCAACGUGUUGUCGUGGAGCGAGCUGUGCCACAUAGCUCAGACCACGGCUCGAGGCCUGGCCUACCUCCAUGAAGACAUCCCUGGUCUGAAAGACGGACACAAGCCAGCCGUCGCCCACAGGGACAUCAAGAGUAAGAAUAUCCUUCUAAAGUCCAACCUGACGGCCUGCAUCGCUGACUUUGGCCUGGCCCAGAGGUUUGAGGCUGGGAAAUCCGCUGGGGACACGCAUGGACAGGUGGGCACCCGGAGGUACAUGGCCCCUGAGGUGCUGGAGGGGGCCAUCAACUUCCAGCGGGACUCGUUCCUGAGGAUAGACAUGUAUGCCCUGGGACUGGUGCUGUGGGAACUGGCCGCACGCUGCAAAGCUGCUGAUGGCCCAGUGGAUGAGUACAUGCUGCCGUUUGAGGAGGAGAUUGGCCAGCACCCAUCGUUGGAGGACAUGCAGGAUGUUGUAGUUCACAAAAAGCUGAGGCCCACGCUCAGGGAGUGCUGGCAGAAACACACUGGUCUGACCAUGCUGUGUGAGACCAUCGAGGAGUGCUGGGACCACGAGGCGGAGGCGCGCCUGUCGGCAGGGUGCGUGGAGGAGCGCAUGGUGCAGAUGCAGCGCCUCAACAACGUCACCGCACCCGAGGAGAUCGUCACAGUUGUCACCAUGGUGACCAACGUGGACUACCCCCCCAAAGAAUCCAGCCUAUGACUAGGCGUAUGAACAGGAGAACAGAUCUCAAAGAGACUCGCCUCCCUAAGCAGAAGGUCAGGACUCUUUCCAACGUUCGUCGCUAACUCUGGGAUUAUACCCAAAGUGGCGCCAAAAUCAUUUAGUGGACCUGGGUUCAUGGAGAAUGAUCCAGUUUUAAACUGGUUCCUAUUGCAUUUAGCUACAUGUGUACCUAAAGACUUGCUCAUGCCCAGGUCCUUUAAAAUGGGAGGGCAUGAUGGGGGGUGGGGAGGGGGGACAAUCAAUCAUCUAGACCCCUCAAUGAACAAAUAUUUUUGUCCAGCACCUUGACAAUGGACAAAGUCAUUUUAAAGUUGACCUUUUGGUUGAUAUUACCAUUUUUUUGUAAAAUAAAGGAAAAUGUACUUCCUGGACUGACUUCAGUUUUUUUUCUAAGAAAAGGCGGAACAGGAGAGAAGAAGAAUCGAGACACACAGUUAACUUCAUUUCAGUAUAAAAAAAAGGGCAACUUGGUUUAUUAGACACAUUUGCUGUUUGUGUUUCUCAGAAUGACUACUGUAAUGCCAAUAAGAAACAGCUUCUGAAUGUCUGUGUUUCGCUGCUGUACAGAGAGAGAGAGAGAGAGAACAGCGUAAUCAAGGUUAUUUAUCCAGACCUGCCUCACAGCAUUUCUAUACAAAUAACCAUCAACCUCUUGAGUCUCUCAACAAGGUAUACCUCAGUUGUACAUCCUACAAAUAAGUAUGUUUUCCUUUGUAACACUAAAACCACUACAGGACAUUGACAUUCAGAUGACAUGUUUGGUAUUGAAGCUUUUUCAAAUGAUGGAGUAUGCCAACAAAAUGGCCAUUCACAAACAAGUGUUUCUGCCUUCUUCAUUUCUGUUUGUGUAUUUUUUUGUGUAUUUUCUAUGUUGCCCCUGCUAUUCAAAUGUGACUGUGAGCAUUGUUGUUUUUACCAAAAUGUUUUUAACUUUUUAAACAUCCCUGAAAAUAUGAAAAUAUUUGAGGAAAAAUAUUAUUUUAAAGCACUUCCCUUUUUAGGUUUGCGGUGUCCACAUAAUAUUAAAAACGCAUGCUUUUUUUUGUUUUGUUUUUGAGCUGGUGUUUUGUUUUUGAGCUGGUGUCGGUUGUUUGAAAACCCCUUUUGAUUUUAAACUCAAAUGUCUACAAUCCACUGUAACUGUAUUGCUCAUUCUCCCUGCCAUGUUUGUGGUAUUUUCUGUUCGUAGUCUACUAUAUUCACCGUAUUUCAAUACGUCUCAGGAAGCAUACAUUACUAUACGACCCCCCCCCCCCCCGCUUUUAGGCUCUGACUCAUUCUCGUGCCAUUAUUUUGGAUAACUUAGUCGAGGGGUGCAUAUAUGAGGUCUUUACGGCUUCUGUGGUUUUCAGGUAGAUGUCCAUUUAGACGGGUUAUUCAGAUCUUGUCAGGUGUUCUACAUUGCUAAUGUAGCCAUCAUGAUAAAAAUCGAUACGUGUUCCCCCUCAAUCUUGUAUUCUCCAUCACUAACAGCAUGUCCACCACUUUGGCUAUGUGCUACUGUAGACAAGACAUAACAGAUUCAAAUGGCCAAUUGUAGCUUUCAGAUUCGAACCAGAAAUAUGUUCUAUUAGUAGUUUUAUUGUAGUAAAACACUGGUGACUCAAUUCUGUGCUUCUCUCCAUCAGACAGAUUUUGUUAUAUCCUACCACAUAAAGAGAGACGUUCAGGGAUAUAAUAACACCAUGCUUUUGCUGUUUUAACUGUAUCCAAUCAACGUUGGAACUGACAGUUGCUUUUUGCCAUGGCACCAACUUACUUUCACUCUAUGUAGCUUUUGUAUUUAAAUCAAUGUAAUCAUCUGUUUGUGUUUAUUCUCUGACUUAAAACCAGUACAUCCUCUCUGGCAAGAACUGUAUGCCAACUCAAUAGUGCAACAACAUGUAAGUUAUGGAUUUAAAGCGGUCACGGCAUCUGUAGGACUAACACCGUGUAGCUCAGGGUUUCUUAUUCUCUGACUGUUUGACAUCUAUGCUACUCUUGCUAUUCCUCUCUAACCAGAGCCACUCUGAUUCAGGAGUAUAGACAUGGGGAACCAACAGAAGAGCAAUCUUCAAAAACAGGGGGAGGCAGAUUUGCAACUGCUGCCAUUUUGAUAUUGUACACUUUGUGUUUGUAUUAUCUUUAGCACUGACGCUAAAGAGGAAAGUCAAAUCCAAUCUGUUUGCAUCCGUAUUUUGUUCCACAAUAUCUUUUUAGGAACACUACUGCUGUGCAGAUACUCUAUCUCCCUAAACAGAUACUCCCCCUCUGGCCUCAGAAGGUUUCUAGGUUUCGUUUAUGUCAAACAAGCUACUUCUAUGACACCGUCAGGUUCUUAAGGAGGCACACAUUGCAUGUCGCCUACAUUGUAGUAUACCCCUUAACAUAAGCCAAACCCCUCUAUGACAGCAGAUGACUGGAUGGAAAAUGCACAGUAUGUACAUAUGAAUGUUGUUUUAGAUAGUGAUUUUAGCAUGAGGUUGUUUUUAUGGUCUCAAGGUGAAAAAGAAAACAAUCUUUAUCAUGUUAAUAAUAUUCCAAAAAAUAAUUUAAUGUUCAUUUUAUAUGUAAUUGUAUUGUAAAAAAAUAUGGUUUUAUUAAUUUAUGUCAAGGCCCAGACAAUGCUCACUUCUCUUUCAAAGGAAAAAGUAUUGUUAUUAUAUAGGCUAGCAAAGACUCCCUGGAUUGGCUCAUUCAUUACCUCAGACCAAUCAGACAGACAUCCUAGCUGUCAACUCAACUUUCCCACAACAUUGAUCAGUGUUGAAGGCAGAUUGUAUGGUGUGACCAUAGACUUGUGUAGUUAACAGUGCUGUGGGAAUAUGAGAUUUGACAAGCUAUGGAGUUUUUAAUUUACAUUUUCUAUGCUAUGGUGACGCAUUAUUUUCGUCAUCACAAUAGAAUUGGUGUCACUGUAACUGAGGUUUGUGUUACCUGCCGAUUUUCUCACCCGUAGUCAUAAAUGGCCAUCCUGCUAUCGAAAUAAACAUGACAUCUUUUCCUUUGUUUUGCAAGUAUUUAACAAAACCGUUUCAGGGCUUGGUUGGAAGUGAUAGUUAAAAAUUGUACAGAAGACAUUUUAUGCCAUUUCUCCCCCUAAAAUAAAGUAUAGUGACUGCUCUGAACAA